AUGCCAGGAUCUGGGUGGAUUAGGUCAGCAUUUCUUCUGGUCAACGCCACACUUGGUGCCGGACUUCUCAACUUCCCCAUGGCCUAUCACCAGGCUGGCGGAGUCCUCACGGCAAUGACCGUCCAGUCAAUCUGUGUAGCCGUCAUGGUGCUUACUGUCUUCAUCAUGGGCUACUGCGCCACUGUAAAGGGAAGCAACACCUACCAAGACGUGGUUCUCUCCCUUUGUGGCCCAAAAGCCCAGCUGGCUUGUGCUGUUUGUAUUUUACUGCACUGUUUUGUAUUCUGUAUAUCCUUUCUCAUUAUCAUCGGUGAUCAAUGGGAACUAUUCUUUUUUAAAGUAGCUCAGGACAUUUACUGUACAACCCAUCCGAUCUACAUGAGAAGGGCUUUCAUUAUAUCCGUAACGGCAGUGGUCCUUAUACUUCCUUUAUGUUUUACAAAAAGAAUUGAUUUUUUGAUUUACACCAGUAUCGCUGGUGUUAUAAGUAGCUUAUACUUAGCUAUGCUGGUAACAACAAAGUAUUUUCUACCUCAUGAUACACCAGACACCAUCACCACAGAACCGCGUUCAUGGGUUGAUAUUUUCCUUGUAUUACCAAACGUAUGUCUAGGCUAUGAUUGUCAUAUCGAAAUCAUCGCUAUCUACUCCUGUAUGGCCAAACGUAACAUGAGAGAGUUCUCUAAAACAGUAACACUUGCCUUGAUAGUGUGUAUCGUAUUCUACACGCUCACCGCUGCUUUAGGUUAUCUACAGUUUGGUGACGAUAUUGCAAACGACAUACUGCUGUCGUUUAAACCUACAGCUGAGGUGAUGGUUGCUGUGGUUCUUGUGGCUGUCAAAGUAUGCACCUCCUACCCCAUUAUAUGCUACUGCGGAAAGACUGCAUUUGAAACCGUAUGGAGAAUGUUCUGGAAAAUGAGUCCAGAAGACAUGUUGUACAGCGAAAAGACGAGACGUGUCAUCACUACAUUGGUGUGGUUCACCUUGACCCUGAUCUCAUCCGUUUUCGUCCCCAACAUAGGCGUGGCCAUACAGAUCCUUGGGGGACUGUCUGCCUUUUGUGUGUUUGUAUUCCCAGGUUUAUGUUUGCUAAAGUUGAUGCAGAGUAGAACAGAAACCGUAGAGAAACAAGCCAUGAAACACCAUAUUUUGACGGGAACAGCCGUUGUACUUGUUAUAGUUGGUGUAUUCCUCUUGGGGCAAAUUAGUGUGCAGGUCAUUGUGAAAAAUAUUCAGGGAGAAACGACAGACUCCUCAAGAUUUACGUGUAGUUAA